GCAGUUUAUUUUAUUUCAUAUUUUAAUAUUCGAGUGACUAUUAGUGAGAAUGAUUGACCAAUCCACUUGAUCACAGCUAAAACAGCAGAAUACAUUGAAGAAGUAUGACAUCAGGACUAGAACUUCAUGAAGCAGCCUCUGUUGGUGAUUAUGAUACAUUAGAGGAACUUAUAUUUAGCAAGAAGAUUGACAUUAAUCUGAGAGACCCUGAGUGGCGGGACAGAACAGCUCUACACUGGGCGAGUGCUAAAGGUUACGUAGAAUGUUUGCGUCUUCUACUGGACCAUGGCGCAGAUGGACUGGCUCGAGCAGACAUGAAUUGGACGCCAGCACACUUUGCAGCAGAGACUGGGAAGCUGACAGUAUUGCGUGCCCUAGUUGUGGCAGAUGUACCCAUAUACAAGCGAGACAAGUAUGGGGAUAAGCCUGCUGAUAUUGCUAGGAUGUAUGGAUUUCAGGACUGUGUCAAAUACCUGCACCAAGAAGAACUAAAUCAAAAACAGAAAAGAAUGCAGAAAGGACUACCGGAUAAUUCAGACGAUGAAUCCCCUUCAGAACCCUGAUCGGAGGAGCUAUAUAACCUGUUUGGGGGAGCUAUAAAGAACUGUGUUCAGAAAUGGUAUUAUUGUCAAAUAAGUGCUUCUUAUGUAGGAAAGUUGAAAUCAAAAUAAGUGAAGAAUUCCAGCGAAAAAAAAAAUCAAAUUAUAUAUUUCCAUUUUAUAUCACAAGAUUUUUCCUGAUACAUGAGCCAGGAAUUUGUUUUUUUUGACAUAUGUGAAUUAUUUUUAUAAAUAUAUGAUGUCAUACAUGUAUGUUGAGUAUUGUUUAUGUUGAACAUAUGUUUUAUCCUAAUAUGAAACUUUCUGUUGUAAGUAAUGUUGAAGCUUAUAAAGCAUGAAUAUGAAAGGUUUUAAACUGAGAGAAUCUUUUUGUUUUAACACAGGUCACUAGUCUGAUUAUACACUUAUAUACUUUAUAUAGGAAUAUUGUUCCGCAAGUACAUAAAUAAAGUGCAUCGAUCUUCUGCACUGACUUUCGCAAAAUGCUGGAUUAUGUUGAAACAUAAAAUAUUUUAUUGUUUGUUUUUAUUCAUUUGUUAAUACUUUUAUUUAUUUAUGAAUUAAACAUUUUACUAGUAAUUUUUCUUCUAAAAUCAUAAAAA